UAAUGGUGGACGAAAAUAUAAAGGCAAAAAUCAAAUUUGCAUAAACGUCCACAUCGCUCAUUUCGCAUUCAUUCAGUGUCAUUGUUCAUGAAUCUCGUGGAAUAAUUUAAAAAACGAAAGACAUGCUAGUUUCACAUUUCUUCGUGCAAUAAGUCAUCUAACAAGUCAUAGCUUUGAGAGAACUACAGUCUGUCAUUGACAAUAUAGCAAUUUAUUUAACGGAAUGGGCAUUUGGAGUUAUAUCAGUUCCUGUAAUCUUGCGACGAAAAGAAAAAAAGAAGGGCUUUUCACUGUGAGAAAAUCAAAAGAAAAACAAAUUGUAAACAUUGACUCGGAUAUCUUUCGUAGCACAUUACUUGAAGAUGUUAAAGAAAUUCGAAUUCAAGAAAAUUAUGAUGAUACUGAAAAAAAUGAGUCGUACCUUAUUUCUGAUGAAAAUACCAAAGGCAAUAACUAUCCUAUUUACUUUGAAUAUUCUAUGGGAGGAAAUUUGCAAUGCUACAAAGAACAUCUGAAAAAGAACUUCGUACUGGAAAAUAAGUCACGUUGUGCAAAAGACUCAGAGAUUCAGAGAUCUAGGAAAACGUCUCAUAGUGAUUAUGACUCCGAGCCAGAGUCAUUGCGUUAUGCACGCAAGCCACAAGAGAAUAUGCCUCAUGCAGUGAACGCUAUAACAGAAGAGCCCGAGUUGCUUUUUGAUUAUUAUAGCUCUAUAUACCAGCCUGAGUUCAUGUUAAACAUUAAUUCAGACUCUUUUUGUGACGAUCUGCCCCUCACUUUAGAGCCGGACAAUUCUGGAGAAGAACACACCACCAUAAAAAAGAAAGAUGAAAGACAAGAAGAAAGACAAGAAUGUUUCAUGGAUAUAAAGACACCAAGUUCUUUGGAAAACAAAGAUUGUGUAUUCAUGUAUACUGUUGAAGAAUUUUGCCCUAUGGGUGCACAAUUGACAGAACAACAAAAUAUUUCAUCUCCUGUCGAUUACAAAGUUUCUUUGUGUCAUAACGUUGAUGAACAGGAAGAGGAUACAAAGAGACAAAAGGUUGAAUUUUUGCAUGAUAAAAAUAGACAAAGGCAAAAAACAAAAUCAUCCUUGGAAACAUGUCUGAACCCAUACAAAGUCAAAGAUCUAAGAAUACCAAACGUUCGAUGGCAAAAUGAAAAAAAUCAACUUUUUAAAACUGAAACUACAGCAGAUGAUUGUGACAAAACAAUACAACAAAAUGUUAAUAAGGAAGAUUAUCUUCAACAGAAUAAAAUUGAUAGGACGAGUCCUUUAUUGCAAGAAGCCGAUAGGAAAAAAAUGACAAAAGCUGGAGUAAUUCAUAAUGAACAAAAAGACGAACUGUCAACAGAGGUGCUAUCAGAACAAAUAAUCAAGGAAAUAAGUGAUCUUUCUGAAAGCAUCAUCCAUGAGGAAAAUAACAUAGCAUUAAACGACUUUGUUUCAUUUGAUGAAGAACUGAGCUCAAAAAGAAAUGGAAGUUGCUCUGAGCGACCAAUAAAAGAAAUGGAAGCAGCGCUGAGCUCAAAAAGAAAUGGAAUUAGCUCUGAGCAACCAAUAUCGGAAAUAUCGUUCCUGGAAACGACGCAUAGAGCUCGCCACAAUAGUCUUGAAAUAUUCGAAAUGUUGGAGAGACAAUGCAUGAAUGAGGAAAAAAAGACAAUCGUGGAAUGUAAGUCUCCUACUGAAAUGAUAAACAUCCAUCAAACGUACCAGAAGUUACCCAAAGAAUUCCAAGAAAUAGCGAGAAGAUUGUCAAAUGGAAACUCUACAAAAAAUUCUUCAAUUCAUCAAUCUCGUAAUGAUGAGAGUGAUGACGGCUCUUCGCCGCGUUCACCCAGUGGAAGGCCGUUAUUUCGAACACCAAGUUACAGAAUGCCGAAGACACCAAGCUUAAGUCGGCAUCAUCCGUCAACUUACGUUUCUCAACAUACUUCACCACGUUCAAGAUCCUCAUCGCGCAUGUCUUCGAGAACCUCGUCACCAACACGAAAUUAAUGUUUCUGAAUAACACGACUGAUCAUGUAUUGAAGAAGAAAUAUCUGUAUCACUGUGCCUCCCAUGCCUUUCUCACACUCCUUAUAAAUAGAUAACUAUAGUUGAUAAAUUGCUUGCCUGAUAGUUCCACUGGUUAGUUUAAGAAUAUAUUUUGUACUUUCUAUUUGUUUAAGAAUGCUUCGUCCACAACCGCGAAAACGGUAUUAUUCGUAAUAAUUAAAUAACCCAUUGUUGCGUUCAAAUACACGCACCGACUUGAGUUAUCCAAAACAAGGAAAUAACCCUGUAUUUUGCAGUUUUAAUGAGAAAACUUAUUAAAAAUUUUGUAGUGUUUA